AUGCGAGAAGCCCCACCGUCUGGCUGUUUGAGGCUAGGUGGUUCCCUGAUCCAUAUAGGACAGCGACUGCCUGUGGUGAAAGCUUGGCAAGCCCUAGCGAGGUUGCUAAGUUUGGGAAUUUUUUUAUUGCUUGUACAGCAUGUAAUAAGAAAAGAAGCUCUUUAUUGGAUCACAUCUUUUGACUCCAUCCUCUUUCAGAAAAGCAUUACUAUCAUCAACUGCUAUUCUUCAACAUCAGCAGCUAAUGACUCGAAUUUUGAUGCUUUUUAUGAGGAUUUGGAGGAAGUCAUCCGCAAAGAGAAGUCCUUCUACAAAUUUGUCGUGGCUGUCUUCAAUACGAAAAUCGGGAUUUCAGAAUUAGGGGAGCAUAGGAUCGGGAAAUUUGGAUUAGGACUCCGGAGCGAGAAUGCUAACCGCCUUGUUGGGCUCUUAUCUGCCUCACGACUUUUUCAUGGAAACUCCAUCUUUACGAAGAAGAAACAGCGGUGGACAUGGGAGUCACCCUACGGUAUGACCAUGCAGAGAUCAACCACAAUCUCACCAACCGAAGAUGGUGCUUACUACACGUCUCAGUGGUCCAUCCUUCAGCAGUGGUUCAAACCACCACCUCCUUCGCGCAAAAGUGUGAUUCAGCCGAAAGCAGGAAAAGAUCUGUCACCGUAUUGGAGGAAGGGGAGAAGUCGUAUAUGA